AUGCUGAAUCACGACACGCAUCAUCAUCAUUCCGUGUUGAUGAUUUUACUAUUCACCACAUGUUGGCUGAUCUCGACCGUUUCGGCUCAUUCUGCAACUCCCUUAUUAAAACUACAAUAUGAAAUUCACCCUGAACGAGAUCAACAAUCUUUGAAUAAGUAUUCAUUGGUUAUGGUGGAAACAAACACCACCAAUAUCACUCACCCUUCAUCAUCAACUCCGAAUCCCUAUUUACAAUAUGUUUCCAUCAUUCCCAUCGCGUUGAUGGGCGUGAUUGGUUUUUUAAUAUGUUCCCUUUCUCUAUUAUCGGUCAUUGUUUAUUGUGCUAAAGAAUAUCGGAAGAGAAAUCUCCAAGCGGAUUCCAAUAUCAAUUCCAUAUACGAUCAGCAUCAUCAUCGCUCUUCAAAUUUUACAUCUUUGAGUAAAAACCUCGUCAAUACAGAUCAUGCUGCGACUGAGGAUGAGGAAAAUAGAAUUGAUUCUGAACCUUACACGAGAAGACCUCAACGAUUGAAUAGGGAUUAUGACAGCGAUGAAGAACAGACACGGUAA